UAAUAAAUGAAGGAUUAUUCUCUGAUCGGUCAAUGCGUGGUUUGAUGAUCACUGCUCCAAAUAAAGAAAUAGGUUCUCCCAUGAUAAGUCGCUGAUUUCUUCUUACCGAUAAACAGCAUGCUAGAUGAUUCAAUCUCCCCUUGGGACGCCCUGCCGCACCCUGCCUUCAUCGCCCUAAGCCUCGCCCUUCUUGCAAUCGGGGUGUACGUCUACGGGACAUACCCCUUUUGGGUGCUCAGGAGGCUGAACAUCCCUGGCGCACCGCCACGCCCUUUCUCGGGGAACCUCGGCGACAUCCAAAAAUACGGAGGCCAGCACAUGGCGCUCCUGGAAUACAGAAAGAGAUACGGCAAGGUGUUUUCAUUUUGCACGGGCAAGAACGUGGAGGUGAUUGUCGCGGACCCGGAUAUGCUGAAACAGAUUCUUGUAAAAGAGUUUUCAAGCUUUAGGAAUCGCCACUUUGCGUUUCCGCCUAAAGGAUUGAUUCGGUUGGGCCUCUUUGCCUCCAAAGACGAGGACUGGAAACGAGUGCGUUCUACACUGACCCCUACUUUUACUUCCGGUAAAAUGAAGACCAUGAUUCCUCUGGUUUCCAAAUCAUGUGACACCUUGAUCCAGAAGCUGGGAGAAGUCGCCGACACAGAGCACAGUAUUAACAUGCUCUCCUGGUACAGUCAGAUGACGCUAGAAAUCAUCCUUUCCUGCGCCUUUGGCGUCGACUCCAACGUUCAAACAAACCAGGAAAAUGAGUUCCUGCAAAAAGCGAGAUCCAUUUUUCAUCCUCCGGCAUUCCUAAAAUGGCUUCUAGCAUUGCCAUUUACGCAGUUCCUCAGGUAUUUCGCCGGUCUCUUUCGUACUCAGAUAGACUUUUUUAUGGACCUUGCCCGAGGUAUCAUCCAGGCGCGACUAGCACAUCAAGGGAAGGGGCGCAAAGAUCUGGUCGAGUUGAUGCUUAACGCGCACAACGAGGAAAACGGCGGGAAGUUGACGGCAGAUGAAGUCAUCGCCCAGUCGGCGACCUUUCUGCUGGCGGGGCACGAGACUGCAGGCAACGCGUUAACAUUCACAACCUAUCAUCUGGUGGUGAACCCAGAAAUCCAGGAACGGCUGCGAGAAGAGAUCUUAGCGGCAAUGAGGAGGGAGCCUGAUAAGCCGCUGUAUGAGCUGAUCUUUGGUCUAGAGUACUUGGAAGCGGUGGUCAAUGAAUCUCUUAGAAUAACCCCGCCCGCGCACGUUAUGACGCGAGAAUGCACGAAGGAAUGCACCAUUAACGGUAUAACCAUACCAGCGGGAAUGAUCGUUAAGUACCCAAUCUACACCUUACAUCACGACCCAGAGGCCUGGGAAGAGCCGGAGAAGUUCAACCCCGAGAGAUUCCUUACGCGCGAUGAUUCCCGAAGCCCAUUCCAGUUCCUUCCUUUCGGUGCUGGACCGAGGAUUUGCAUCGGUGCGCGGUUCGCCAUGAUGGAAGUGAAGGCAGCUUUAGUAAAGAUCUUAUCCAAGUAUCGUCUUGUCCGCGCCCCUGACACACAAGUACCCCUUAAAGUUGUGUCGGGCUUUACUUUGACUUGUAAGGAUGGACUUCAUGUUCGGGUCCAAUCUUUGUAAUGGAUCCACUUUGGUGCUAAAGUGCCUAAGUAAAUCAAAUUACCCGAGAGAGAGCCUAAGUAAAUCAAAUUACGCGAGAGAGAGCCAAUGUAAAUCAAAUUACGCGAGAGAGAGCGUAAGUGAAUCAACGCACGCGAGAGAGAGCCUAAAGGAAUCAACGCACGCGAGAGAGAGCCUAAGUGAAUCAACUCACGCGAGAGAGAGCCUAAGUGAAUCAACGCACGCGAGGGAGAGCCUAAGUGAAUCAACGCACGCGAGGGAGAGCCUAAGUGAAUGAACGCACGCGAGAGAGCCUAAGUGAAUCAACGCACGCGAGAGAGAACCUAAGUGAAUCAAUGCACGCGAGAGAGAGCCUAAAGGAAUCAACGCACGCGAGGGAGAACCUAAGUGAAUCAACGCACGCGAGAGAGAGCCUAAGUGAAUCAACGCACGCGAGGGAGAGCCUAAAGGAAUCAACGCACGCGAGAGAGAACCUAAGUGAAUCAACGCACGCGAGAGAGAGCCUAAGUGAAUCAACGCACGCGAGGGAGAGCCUAAGUGAAUCAACGCACGCGAGGGAGAGCCUAAAGGAAUCAACGCACGCGAGAGAGAACCUAAGUGAAUCAACGCACGCGAGAGAAAACCUAAGUGAAUCAACGCACGCGAGAGAGAGCCUAAGUGAAUCAACGAACGCGAGGGAGAGCCUAAAGGAAUCAACGCACGCGAGAGAGAACCUAAGUGAAUCAAAGCACGCGAGAGAGAGACUAAGUGAAUCGACGCACGCGAGAUAGAGCCUAAGUGAAUCAACGCACGCGAGAGAGAGCCUAAGUGAAUCAACGCACGCGAGAGAGAGCCUAAAGGAAUCAACGCACGCGAGAGAGAGCCUAAAGGAAUCAACGCACGCGAGAGAGAGCCUAAGUGAAGCAACGCACGCGAGAGAGAGCCUAAGUGAAUCAACGCACGCGAGGGAGAGCCUAAAGGAAUCAACGCACGCGAGAGAGAACCUAAGUGAAUCAACGCACGCGAGAGAGAGCCUAAGUGAAUCAACGUGCGCGAGAGAGAGCCUAAGUGAAUCAACGUGCGCGAGAGAGAGCCUAAGUGAAUCAACGCACGCGAGAGAGAACCUAAGUGAAUCAACGCACGCGAGAGAGAACCUAAGUGAAUCAACGUGCGCGAGAGAGAGCCUAAGUGAAUCAACGCACGCGAGGGAGAGCCUAAGUGAAUCAACGCACGCGAGGGAGAGCCUAAAGGAAUCAACGCACGCGAGAGAGAACCUAAGUGAAUCAACGCACGCGAGAGAAAACCUAAGUGAAUCAACGCACGCGAGAGAGAGCCUAAGUGAAUCAACGAACGCGAGGGAGAGCCUAAAGGAAUCAACGCACGCGAGAGAGAACCUAAGUGAAUCAAAGCACGCGAGAGAGAGACUAAGUGAAUCGACGCACGCGAGAUAGAGCCUAAGUGAAUCAACGCACGCGAGAGAGAGCCUAAGUGAAUCAACGCACGCGAGAGAGAGCCUAAAGGAAUCAACGCACGCGAGAGAGAGCCUAAAGGAAUCAACGCACGCGAGAGAGAGCCUAAGUGAAGCAACGCACGCGAGAGAGAGCCUAAGUGAAUCAACGCACGCGAGGGAGAGCCUAAAGGAAUCAACGCACGCGAGAGAGAACCUAAGUGAAUCAACGCACGCGAGAGAGAGCCUAAGUGAAUCAACGUGCGCGAGAGAGAGCCUAAGUGAAUCAACGCACGCGAGAGAGAACCUAAGUGAAUCAACGCACGCGAGAGAGAACCUAAGUGAAUCAACGUGCGCGAGAGAGAGCCUAAGUGAAUCAACGCACGCGAGAGAGAACCUAAGUGAAUCAACGCACGCGAGAGAGAGCCUAAGUGAAUCAACGUGCGCGAGAGAGAGCCUAAGUGAAUCAACGCACGCAAGAGAGAGCCUAAGUAAAUCAACGUGCGCGCUGACUAAUUGCGCAAAAACGGCGUUUACAUCUGGCAAUCUACAACGGCAGCUAUGAGCAUUCUAUGUACGGUAUUUAAUUUCACAGUAUAAUAAAUAAUGAUUAUUUUAUAAUGCUAAUGAUGGCGAUGAUGAUAAUUAUUUACAACGGGAGCUAUCUACGAACAUUCUAUGUACGGUAUUUGAUUCCAUAGCAUAAUUAAUUCGUGAUUAUAUUAUUUUAUGAUGAUGGGAUAAUUAAUCAUCAAUAAUCAAUGAUGAUGAUUAUGAUAAUAAAAUGAUAAUGAUGAUUAUUAUAUGACUAUAAUAAAGAAAAUAGAACGAAUAAAACGGCAUUGAAUA